UUAGAGUAUUAACAUUAUCUUAAAUGGCUGAUACAAGUAAACGAAGUGUGAAAAAAGAAAGCAAAGUUCGACCUGAUAGAUUUUCUGCGUUUUCAUCAGAAUCUGUCAAAACCGUUAGCGAAUCAGCUGGUGUCGCUCGAUUAACUGAAGACACUUUGUCAUGCUUGGCAGAAGAGGCAACUUAUAGAUUGAAAGAAAUUAUACAAGAAUCAUUGAAAUUUUCAACACACAGAAAAUCAAAGAUUCUGACGUGUAGAGAUGUUGAUUCAGCUUUGAGGUCAAAAAACAUUGAACCAUUAUAUGGGUUUGUCGCAGAAGAUUAUAUACCAUUCAGAUUUGCCAGUGGGGGCGGUAGAGAGCUACAUUUUGUCGAGGACAAAGAAAUUGAUCUCACUGAACUGAUUAAUAACCCUCUGCCACGAGUUCCAUAUGAUAUCGCCGUGAAAGCUCACUGGCUAGCAAUCGAUGGAGUCCAACCAAGCAUACCAGAGAACCCUGCUCCAGAGCAAACCACUUUACUAGAUGUCUUAAAUAAAACAGAAUCUAAACCUCUACCAGGUUCUGCCCCUUUGAAAAGUUCCAUCGUCCCUGCUAAUAAUCCCCUGAAGAAUGCAACACAUGAAACUAGUACUAAGGACAAGAAACGAGGAAAUACUGAAACAACAAAGGUUGACCUGAAGCCUAGAUUUACUCACGAACUCUCCGUUGAGCAACAACUUUAUUACAAAGAAAUUACUGAAGCAGCUGUGGGAUCAAGUGAAGCUAGACGUGCUGAAGCACUUCAGUCUCUUGCAACAGAUCCUGGAUUAUCACAGAUGCUUCCUCGAUUCAGUACAUUUGUUUCAGAAGGAGUUCGUGUCAAUGUCGUUCAGAACAAUCUAGCUCUACUUAUUUAUCUUAUGAGAAUGGUCAAAGCUUUGAUGGACAAUUCCACUCUUAACUUGGAGAAAUAUCUUCAUGAAAUGAUUCCAGCUGUCAUGACAUGCAUAGUCAGUCGUCAGUUAUGCACAAGACCAGAUGUAGAUAACCAUUGGGCAUUGAGAGACUAUGCUGCCAGACUGAUGGCUCAGAUAUGUAGGAGCUUUAGCACUUCUACUAACUUGAUCCAACCGAGGAUAACAGCUACAUUUUGUAAAUGCCUCCACGAUGACAAGUCCUCUCUUGCAGCAAGAUAUGGAAGUGUUGCAGGACUAGCUGAAUUAGGAUCCGUGGUCAUACAAAGUCUGGUACUUUCUCGGCUGGGUGUGGAAGGCGACAGAAUUAAAAAUGUUCUUGAUAGUCCGUUGCUGAAUAAUAUUGAUAGAACUGCUGCUGAGCAUCUACGUGGACUGCUGGUGAAACAUUGCGGACCUGUCAUCAAGAGUUUAAGAACUGCUCCUGAUAGCACACAAGAUUACGAGUCCGAGUACGGACAUCUCGGGAACCUACUAUGCCAGCAUGUGAUUAAACUCCGAGAACAGGAGGCUCAUAAAGCUAAGAUAUUGGCUGGAGCUGGAUUAAGCAGACCUGCUUCUAAUAUGUCUGGCCGACCUAUUCUAUCAGGACAGUCCUCAACUGGUGGUUUCCAGGGAGGAGGGCAAACAGGGGCUUCCCCUAUGUCACUUGGGCGACAGUUUUCAUCCCCAAUGCAACAGAGCCCAUCUACGCCAACUUCAGCGAAAAUAGUCUUUCUACCGACUAGUGGAGAUCAAUCUAAAGUUGGUGCGAAUGUAACGCAUGGAAGUGGUGGAUCUCCUAUGUUAAUAAAGAAUCAAAUGAGGCAUCCAUCAGACUCUUCGUUUCCAGGAAACCUUGGGUUUUCAAACUUCGACUGAGUCAAGAGAAUAAUAGAUUGAUCAAUCAUAUCUAGAGAUUCAUGGAUUUAGAUCCCAUGUCAUUGGUUGAAGCUGUGAUUUACUACCUGGACUAAUUUGAAACUUCCUAAGACUGUCUCAAAGAGGGGCGGACCUCCUAUGGCCCGAGAGACUACCAGGGCUGCACAUUCAGCAGCACUUGGUAUGAAUGGGAGCAGUGGUCCCCAACCAUUUAAGGCUCAUGGUCCCCUUGUUUAUUAUUCCAGUGGUAUUUAUGGUGGUAUUUUAAUUGGUAGAUUCCAAAUCCCAUUUUGUUCGAACAAGCGUGCUCAACAAAGUGAAAACACCCUGUGAAAUAACCUUAUCAGGCAAUGAAACUAGGAAAAAUGGGAAGUUUUCUCGACAAGGGAAAAGAUGAAAUCAGUUUUAAGCCUAGCAUUGUGGCCCCUCUCCAACUGCGCUGUGCCCCCUUCAUCGCUCUGGUUGGGGACCGCUGAUUUGAAGGUUCAUGCUGCUCAUACAACAAAAUGCUUAAUAUCAUUGCAACUUAUUUCCUCACUUUUAUGAAUAAAUUUUUUUUUCUAUGAAUAGUAGUAUUGUCGAUUUGAUGAAAUAAAGCUGGUUGGUGAGACCUCUUCUCAUCCG